UGUUGUCGCAUGAUAUAAUUUAAAGGCUUUUUAUUAAGGGAACAGUUAUGGCAGUUUUUCUAUUGGAAUUCUUUAAUUCGAGUUCGCUGAAUACUCAAUAACGUAGUAAAUGCUCCAUUGUUCUUUUUUGUAAUCAUAGAAUUUGUUUGCAGUGCGGACGGCUUCAUUCCGUUUAUUUUUAGAUUUCACCGACGGGAAUAUUUAUCUAAUUUCACGAAACACCAAGAGAGCAUUAUUGUCCUCCAACUUUAUUACCUCAGAAUGUUAUGACUAUGGAAACUAAAUGAUAUCUGUAAGGAAACGUGCCAAAGUCGCCUGCCAAAACGCUUUUAGUAGGAGCCGAUUAGGAUUAUCAAAGUGCGAUCAAAAGUGCCACCUUAAAUAUAUGACCCAAAAAGUUAUCCACUCAACCAAUGGCGGCGAAUUUAUUGACAUUCUCUAUAAACUGAAAAAUGUGUCACACCGUUGAUUGGUUAUGGAGUUCUGUUCUUACAUCCAAAUCUUUCUGAUGUCCUUCUCUAAUUGUCGUUUAAUAUUUUGCACCAGUCUGCAACAUCGCAGUCACUCUUCGGUGAAAUUAAUGGAAUUUCAAUUAAAAAGAUUGUAAGACAAACAAAUUAAAUGUAAACCGGACUUUCAGUCGGUAAGAUCAUUUCCUUUGCUUGGAUACGCUUUCUAGCUCCCACGCAGGAAAAGCGAAUUAUUGCUUUUUGUCAAAUGAUUGCUUUUUGUCGAUUAGAUUCGCUGCCCGAAUCUGAAUGCUUGAGCACUUUUCGAGCUUGACUCUUCUUGUUAUAUUUGAUUCUUAUUUUCAUGGAGAAAUGAGGCCGGCACUAAAUAAGGCUCUUUGUGAACGUCGUUUCAACCAAGCAUUGCUCUUCAUAAAAUCGGGAAUUAAUGUUAAUUUGCGUGAUCAGGAUGGAAACUCGCCACUUUUGCAGAUUUGUGACAUAGAACCUGAAAAACUAGCAGUGGUGUUUGCAAAACUUUUGGUUGACAACGGAGCGAAAAUAGCGCUCAAAGACAAACAUGGAAGAAACGCUGUCAUGAAAGCUGUUUUAAGCGAAAAAGAGCAGCUAUUGACACUCUUUUUAACAAGAGUGAGUAGUUUUAAUAUCAAUGAUAGGGACAAGAAAGGUAACACGGCGCUGUUCUAUGCCGCAUCUAUCGGGAACUUCGACAUCCUUAGAAAACUGGUGGUUGUUUACCGCAAGUUCAGACUUAGUGUCGAUGUUACCAACAAGGACGGAAUUACACCACUCAUUCAGGCCUCGAAAAGCGGAAAUAUGCUGUGCGCGCAGCACUUGUUAAAAGAGGGGAAAGCUUCACAAGAAAUUCGCGACGAUAUAGACUGGAAAACUGCUAGGGAAUGGGCGAAAAUGGUGAAAAACAGUUGGCUCAGUCCAUUGUCACUAUCGGGAAGUAGCUCGGAUAAAGUUAACAAAAGCAGCGUUAAGAUUCCACGAAUAAAUGCGGAAUUUAAUGCUAGAUUUGAGAAUGGCGAGGAAUGUCCUGAAAGACCACAUACCGCCCCUACAGGCCAUAAAGCAAAACAGUCUCGUUCUCAAAGAGAUGAGCUCUCUCUUUUGUUCGAGCUUUAUCAAUGUCAACUUUCCACUUCAUACAGAGUGUGCCCUGUUAAGCCAACAAACAGAAUCACAGAAGCCGAAAUAGAAAAGGAAAGAGAAGAAUCUCCUUCACCGCAGAUUCAAAGAAGAAAAAGCAGUCUAUUCAAGACUAAAGGUGAAGACAUUAUCAAGCUUCAGAGGAGGGGGUCCGUUAUAUGUUCGCCCACGCUAGGCGCCACCGGCAAACGUUUAUCUCAGUCCUUUCCGGGCUCCCACAUGGAAAGAGGAUCUCUUAUGGGUAGGCUGUCUAGUUCUAGCCUCAAGAUGGAGCAAGUGAGAGCUACAGGAAGACCAAAGCCUCCCGUUCGCAGCAAGUCUGUCAUGCCUAUGUUAUCACUGAGGGCGAUAACAGAGACAGAAUACAGCAACUCAAAUGAUGAGCUGGGCGGUGCAGGACACUACAACAAUAUGGCAGCCAAAUAUUGUCAUAGUAACAACGGGUUCUAACCCAUGAGAUUAAAGUGCUUCACCUUUUCCUUGCAAGCCCAUUUGACUUUUUUUUACAAACUUCAAACAAAGUGCAAAAAAGUGUGCCCUUCUGACAUUUUCUUUCUCCAAAAUCACAAAGAUAGUCUUCCGUGUUUCUCAACAAGGUUAUCUGGGCAAAAAAUAUAAGCUUUCACUUGCGCAACUGUCUUAUAGUAACAGGGUUAUUAUUAAUUUCCUUCUUAGGGUUCCUUACUCGAUGAUAACUUGGAUAUCAUAUGGAAGGGCAAACUAAUUACUCCCUUAAGAUAUAUUAAUAAGGCACUUUCUUUUGAAAACAAUUCUGGAAACGAUAAUAUUUGCUCAGCUGCCGAACUGUAAUAACUGUUAUGCGGCUAAACCACUUUUCUCAUGCGCAAGGAUUUGCUAGGGAUGCACAGUAGUAAUAGAUAUCAUCUGAUCGUAUCGAAGAAGUACGGUCCCUAAAUAGGAAACGACCCUGGGCGGUCUCACCUCCCUAGACAGGCAUGAUUCCAUUCCUUUUUCGUUCCUGUAUGGAGGUGUUCUAGAAUGCUUCCAGAAGCAGUAACAGGGUUUCAUAGAUGGUGGAAGCAGAAGAGAAAUUAAAAACUCUUGGGACUUUGGACAUCUAUGGUGCAGCAAAACCAUUGGGGGACUUUGUGCUCUUAUGCAUAAAUACUUUCGUUUGAAGAAUAAGAUUAUUAGCAAAUCUGUUACUGAUUGAAUUUCAUAAUAAAACCAACUAUCUUGCAUUGCAUUGCUGUUUGCAAGUAGACCCCUCCCCCCCCCCCAAAAAAAAAGGAAAAAGUAAACACAUUAGGCUUAAAUUUGCAUACAGUAUACCAUGGUCCUAUGAUGCCGUGCUGAACAAUGAAUGAAGGCUGAGUGAAGCAAGCAACAACACAAGCUGGUAUCUUCUGAUUCAAGCUACAUGUGCUUACUUCUCAGAUCAUCCAAGUAGAAAUAAUAAGCCAUGCACUGCUAAGAUGACAUGAAUUAAACAAAACAAGGCAGUUUAGCUGGGAAAAUAGAAAAACCUACAUAAUCUCUCUUUAAAAAACACACAUGAAUGUUCUCCUUCAUAUUUAUUUUAUCUUAGUUAUCAUCUACCUAAAGAAAUCAAUAUAUGUAUCUAUCUUUCUAAUAAAAGUUUGAGCCCUGGAACACCGCAUGUACUUUAAUCAUCU